AUGUCCGCAGCAAAGCAAGUCCGAGUUGCCGUCGCCCAGGCCGAGCCGGUAUGGCUUGACCUCGACGCCACGGUGGACAAGACCUGCACCCUUAUUGCCGAAGCUGCAGCGAACGGCGCACGGCUCAUCGCUUUCCCCGAAUGCUGGGUCCCGGGGUAUCCAGCUUGGAUAUGGGACCGGCCCCUCGACCCACAAAUGACAGUAGCAUACAUGCGGAAUUCGCUGAAACUGGACUCUCCGCAAAUGGCUAAGAUCCAGGCCUCCGCUGCUGCAAACAAAGUCAUUGUUGUGCUCGGCUUCACCGAGAAUAUCCAUGAUAGUCUCUACAUCGCGCAAGCGACCACCAACCCCGACGGGAAGAUCCUCAUGACCAGAAAGAAACUCAAGCCCACGCACAUGGAGCGCACUGUCUUUGGUGACUCCGCCGGGGAUUGUCUGCGUAGUGUCGCGGAUACUGAUGUCGGUCGCGUCGGCGCUCUUUCUUGCUGGGAACACAUCCAGCCGCUGCUGAAGUACCACACAUACGCGCAGCGCGAGCAGAUUCACGUUGCGGCUUGGCCGCCGCUUCAUCCUUACCCUGGUGAGGGCGCUCCGUACUCUAUGUCGAAAGAAGGUUUGGAGGCUGUGUCUCAGACAUAUGCGAUAGAAUCUCAAUCUUUCGUCCUGCACUGCACAUCUGUCCUCACAGCGAAGGGAAUUGACCGAAUGCGCACGCAGACGGCUGCGCAGAUGAAUUCGCCAGGCGGGGGCGGUUCGGCUGUAUUUGCUCCGGAUGGACGCAAACUCACGACGGAUUUGGCAAAUGAUCAGGAGGGAAUCGUCUACGCGGAUUUGAAUUUCGAUGAGAUUUCCAUAUCAAGGACUUUGGUGGAUGUUUGUGGGCAUUAUUCGCGGCCAGACCUGCUUUGGUUGGGUGUCAAGGAUGGAGGAGAGUGGGAGUGUGUCAAGGGACAGAAGUAG